CCCUGCCCACCUUCAUGGCAGGGCUCCUUUCCCCUUUUGUCGUACACUUGGUUGAUGCAAGGUAUAUUCCCCACUGCCCCUACUUAGCCUUCAUUGCUUCGAAUAUGCAUGUUACUCGAGUAUGUUGCAUUCAAUUCAACUUUAAUCUAUUAAUCAAUGCUUCAGUUGGAAGAUAAAAAGAUCAGACAACUUUAUUCUUUCAUAGCGGGUACCAGGUGCAGGUUUGAUAUUUCCAUCGAAAUUGUGUUUCUGUGAAAAACGUGCUUUUGGCUAAGUAGAUAAUUAAAAAUGAGUGAAAACUAAAAAGGAAAGAUUUUAUUUUUAUUGGGAAUUUACUGGCUGUGUUAGCGAAGAAUCGAAAGAUUGAAGAAAUAUGCUGAUCAAUCGAGAAGUUAUUUUGUUGUUAAUAUGUACUAUUUUGUUCGUUCUUGAAUGUUAUUCAAAGGCAUCAUACCACGGGCCUGGCCAUCGCAAAGGACUUUAUGGAAUCUCAAAGCGAAAGCCUAAGAAAAAUCUCGGUAAAGCACUCAACAGCACAUCAUCAAAAGCACCUUCGUCUUUGCCAGCAACGAAAGCAGGGUCUGGAAAGGCUGGCGAAAGAAAGGUUGAAGUGAAGGGUCAUAAAAGAGCGAUUAUUGAAGAACUGCACAAUGAAGAGGAUAAGAGCUCUGCUGGAGUGGAUUACGCAGAUUUUGAAGGACCUAAAAAGCGGGAUGUCAGCUUGAAAGAAGUUAAGGUUGGUUACAAGAAAACACUGAAAGACAAAAGCCCUGAAAAUUCAACUCAGGUUAUUGAGAUUACGGGAAACCUUACAAGUUCUGAGCACUCUUCAAAUCAGAAUGGUUAUGAAAAAGAGUCGAGUAAAGCCUCAAGUCAUGAGGAUAAAGGGACUGGGCAGGAGAACAAUUCGAAUGAAGCCCGUAGUGCCAGUUCGAAUAUAAUAACAGAUCUUAAGGUACCCCAGAUGGGGGCAGCUAUUUUUGGGAACACACAGAAUAACAACGGGUCGGAAAGCAAGGAGGCAAGUGCAGAUGGAAAUUCCACUUCUGAAAUGGCCACAAAGCAACAAGAGACACCGGAUACUCGGACUUCCAGCUCCAAUAUGAUUACAGAUCUCAAAGUGCCAAAUAUUAUUGAUAAGACGGUACCAAAUAGCAGCAUUUCUAGCUCGAAUGGAUCACAGGUAACAGAUGGUAAUGCUUCAGAAAAUGUCGACCAAAGGAGCCCCCAAGUGCCAAAUCUUGGGGCUUCUAUCGUUGGGAUUGUGGAUAACAGUAAUGGAUCGCAGUCGAGUAACAGGGGAACGUUGCUUUCAAACAAUACAGCUGAAGGCAAUAGCACGGAUUUGAAAGAGAGACAGACAGAAGGAGGAGCUGAUUCGAAACUGAAAGACUUUCUCGACACGUUAGAUGAAAUCGCUAACACGACAGCCGAGACUGCGAGGCUUGUAAACACGCUGAGAAAUGCUUCUAUCGCUCAAGAAAAGGGGGCUGGGAACCAAACUGCAAGCGCAGCUACAGCUGACUAUACGGCAAAGGCUGGUAAAGAUGUGAGUGCCAAAAAGAAACACGAGAUUAUUGGUCCCCAUUAUUACGAACCUGAAUGUGAUGAUAAGAAAAAAUGUCCUGAUGGACAUUACUGUAGAAUGUACGUGUGCGUGGAGUGUCAUCGCAGUAAACACGCGUGUACGCAUCGUGAGCAAUGCUGCAACAAAAUGGAAUGUGUCUACGGAAGAUGUGAAAACAAACCAAAGGGAAGUCCAGGAGCAUUCUGUGAAAAAGAUAGUGAAUGUGCAGGAGAAGCAUGCUGUGUCCUAGAACCGACCGUUGACGAGGAGCAUUCGAUUUGCAAGCCAAAAUUAUCAGAGUUCCAUCAAUGCUCUCCUAUUCUAUUUCGGAAAAUUUGGAUUGGCGAUCAUAAGCCUGAGUGUGGCCCAUGCAAAGGUGGAUUGACAUGUGUGCAAAGGGGCGUCGAAGGAAAUCAUGAAGUUUGCAUGAAAAAGUCUUAAAGCUACAAAGAAAAGUAGAAAGACGCAGCAAAAUUGCUGAAGGUUUGUUGAAGGCAGCCUCCAAUUUAGAAAAACCCUUUACAGCAACUCAAAUCAUUUCUAAACAUCGAAGUUCCCUUUUGGCUUUUAAAUGCUAACUCGCUUGUAUCAAUUCAUCAUAGGAUAGAAGUCCACGUUAAUUUUAUUUUAUCCAACAUUCAUAUACUUAUAUGACGUCACUCAGUCCCAGUCUGUACUGUUGCAACUGCUCUCUCUUAAAAGAAAGGUAAGGAUGUUUGAAUGAUUCAUUCAGGCCUGUACUAUUAAGAAGGACGCGCGCAUGCAAGUUCACCGACACAAUUAACUGGCAGGCGCAUGUUCCAAAGAUAAAUAUUUACUUUUCGAUACUUUUACAAAAACGAACUUCGAGUUAUGGUUAUAAAGCUUCGAUUGGCAAGAUACCCCUUUUCAUGGAAUUUUGACAAGCAUAUUUUCAUUGCUGCAUAAUGAAUUUGGUUCCAAGUUGCAAAACAUUUUUAUGCAGCGUUUAAUGCCCUCUUUCCUAGAAACUUGAAAAACCAAACAUCUCUGCAGAAUUGUAGAAUUGCUCCUUGGUACUUCUGAAUUUUGUUAUCAUGGAAUUUUUCUUAUCUUUCACGUUUAAAUUCAUGUAUGACAGUAGGCCCCAGCCUAUUAUUGUGCACCAAGCGGUUUUUCGCAUACUGAAUGACGUCACCCCAUUUUCAGUGAAGAAAUCAAUAGGGUAAAGUUCAUACUUAAUAUGUUUAGCGUAUUCCUUGCAUAUUAACCCACUUUUUGCAAUUGUGUUGUGUGAUUUGUAUAUCAUCCUCAAUUGUAACGUAAACAUUUUAAAUCUUAAAAUUCGCAACUUAAACAAAAGUGCUUCUCUGUUUAGAUUUACUCUUUAUAAUAUAAUCUUAUAUAUUAAAUAACUAUUUCUUUUACAUUUAACCUUUCUUAUCUCUAUUUUCAAAACCUUAGAAGCAUAUGUAAUUUUCAAAAUAUAAAAUCCUUCAAUGCUCUCUGUAGCUUGUUAAAAAUCUUUUUCAUUCAACUCCGUUUUCCAAAAACACACAAUCUAUGUUUGUCAAAAAUUUACGUUUGAAAAUGCUAUACGACUUUGCUUGACUCCUGAACUUACAAAAAGCCCAUUAUUGGUACCUAUAAAAGUGUCUAAAAAAACACUGGUGCUGACAAAGAAAAGUAACCUAAACAUUACUUGCCAUCUUUUUAAGAAACCAAGCGUUAAGUUAAUUAGUCGCGGUAAUGGAAUAUCUUAAGUUUUAAGAAUAUUUUCUCCAGUUUAAACUUU